AUGGCGAAGUUGUUAGCCUUAAGUUGCUGGCGAAACCUCUCGCCGCGACCUCACUACCCCUCCAUGCCUAAAUACCCCAAGGGACAGCCCGCCACCACCGUCGAGGAACUCUCAGACUCCACUGCUCUUUUCUCCGUCGUCGGAAUGACUUGUGCCGCCUGCGCCGGUUCCGUCGAGAAGGCCGUCAAACGCCUCCCCGGGAUCCGCGAAGCCAUCGUCGACGUCCUCAACAACCGCGCCCACGUCAUCUUCUACCCCUCCUUCGUUAACGAAGAGACAAUUCGCGAGGCGAUCGAAGAUGCGGGUUUCGAAGCGCUAUUACUCACGGACGCCACACACGAGAAAUCCGUUCAAGUAUGCCGCAUCCAAAUCAAAGGAAUGACCUGCACCUCCUGUUCCUCCACGCUGGAAUCCGCUUUACAAGCCCUUCACGGUGUCCUCGAAGCCCGCGUGGGCCUAGCCACUGAAGAGGCCCAAGUCCACUACAACCCAACUCUCCUCACUCCAAACCACAUUCUGCAAGCCAUAGAAGAUUCCGGAUUCGAAGCCGCGCUCAUCAGUUUAAGCGAAGACUUAACCAAGAUAGACCUCCACGUGGACGGCGCAGUAACAGAUGACGCUGCCAUGAAACUAAUACAGGAUUCUCUGCGGACACUCCCAGGAGUCCUUGCGGUAGACUUCACCGCGGAACUCAGCAAAAUAUCGGUUUCUUACAAACCGGACGUCACAGGACCCAGAAAUCUCAUCAGCGUGAUUGAGCAACCAGGGAAUGGGAACUUCAAGGCGAAGAUAUAUCCCACAGAAGAAGGACAAAGAGACUCUCACAGACGCCAGGAAACAAGGCAGUAUUAUAAAUCUUUCUUAUGGAGCUUGGUGUUUACUAUUCCUGUGUUUCUAACCUCCAUGGUGUUUAUGUAUGUCCCUGGAAUUAAGGAAGCACUUGAUGCUAAAAUCGUGAACAUGCUUACCGUGGGGGAGGUUGCACGGUGGUUGCUGUCCACGCCGGUUCAGUUCGUACUCGGCUGGCGGUUUUACUCCGGUUCUUAUAAAUCGUUACGCCGUGGCUCUGCGAACAUGGAUGUUCUCAUUGCGUUGGGAACAAACGCAGCGUAUUUUUACUCUGUUUACUCUGUUUUGAGAGCUGCAACUUCGCCGCAUUUCGAGGGGAAUGAUUUCUUCGAGACGAGUGCGAUGCUUAUCUCGUUCAUUCUGCUUGGGAAGUAUCUGGAGAUUUUGGCGAAGGGUAAGACGUCUGAUGCGAUUGCCAAGCUCAUGAACUUGACGCCGGACACGGCGGUUUUGCUGACUUUGGACGGCGAUGGGAAUGUUGCGGGAGAGGAGGAGAUUGAUAGCAGGUUGGUUCAGAAGAACGAUGUGAUUAAGGUUGCUCCUGGGGCGAAAGUGGCUUCGGAUGGGUUUGUUGUGUGGGGGCAGAGUCACGUGAAUGAGAGCAUGAUCACGGGGGAGUCGCGUCCCGUGGCGAAGAGGAAAGGGGACACUGUUAUUGGAGGAACUGUGAAUGAGAAUGGAGUUUUGCAUGUUAAGGCGACGAGGGUGGGAUCUGAGAGUGCUCUUUCUCAGAUUGUUCGCCUUGUGGAGUCAGCGCAGAUGGCUAAAGCACCUGUGCAGAAGUUUGCUGAUCGCAUAUCCAGAUACUUUGUGCCUCUGGUGAUUGUGAUUUCGUUCUCGACUUGGCUUGCCUGGUUUUUGGCGGGAAGAUAUCAUGCUUACCCAGAGUCUUGGAUACCGUCAUCAAUGGACAGCUUCGAGCUUGCUUUGCAGUUUGGAAUAUCUGUUAUGGUCAUAGCCUGCCCUUGUGCUUUGGGUUUAGCGACGCCAACUGCGGUUAUGGUUGGGACGGGAGUUGGUGCAUCUCAGGGUGUGCUCAUCAAAGGAGGGCAGGCUUUAGAGAGUGCACAUAAGGUGAACUGCAUUGUUUUCGAUAAGACGGGUACUCUCACUGUGGGGAAACCUGUAAUAGUGAGAACAGAACUAUUGACAAAGAUGGUACUCCGGGAAUUCUAUGAACUUGUGGCUGCAACUGAGGUGAAUAGUGAACAUCCACUGGCGAAGGCCGUUGUUGAGUAUGCUAAAAAAUUUAGAAAUGAAGAGAACCCUUCUUGGGCAGAAGCACGAGAUUUUGUUUCCAUUACAGGACACGGAGUAAAGGCCACUGUUCAUAACAAAGAAAUAAUGGUGGGUAAUAAGAGCUUGUUGGCUGACCAUAACAUUCCAAUUCCUGUUGCUGCUGAAGAAAUGCUUGCUGAAGCAGAAAAGAUGGCUCAAACAGGAAUUUUGGUAUCUGUAAAUGGGAAAGUGGCUGGAGUUAUAGCAGUAUCCGAUCCACUGAAACCAGGUGCCCAAGAAGUCAUUUCCAUUCUCAAGUCAAUGAAAAUCAAGAGCAUCAUGGUGACUGGGGACAACUUCGGAACGGCUAGUUCUAUCGCGAGGGAAGUAGGAAUUGAAAAUGUUAUUGCUGAGGCCAAACCGGAUCAAAAAGCAGAGAAGGUGAAAGAAUUGCAGGCUUCUGGUUACACUGUGGGUAUGGUGGGGGAUGGUAUCAAUGAUUCGCCUGCGCUUGUGGCAGCGGAUGUGGGAAUGGCAAUAGGUGCUGGUACAGACAUUGCUAUCGAGGCUGCUGAUAUUGUCCUCAUGAAGAGCAACUUGGAGGAUGUCAUUACUGCUAUUGACCUUUCCAGAAAAACAUUUUCCCGUAUACGCCUGAAUUACGUUUGGGCUUUGGGUUAUAACUUACUUGGAAUCCCAAUUGCUGCAGGAGCUCUUUUCCCUUCUACAAGAUUCAGAUUGCCACCCUGGAUUGCUGGGGCUGCUAUGGCCGCCUCCUCUGUCAGCGUUGUUUGCUGUUCUCUGUUGUUGAAAUAUUACAGGAGACCCAGGAAGCUCCACAACCUUGAGAUACGAGGCAUAACCGUCGAGUCCUCCUCCACUGGCAUAUGA